GAGGGAGGAGAAAGAGGCGGGGGAGUGACCCGAGAAUUGCGCACUGACUCCUGCCCGGACACACCGACACCGACCGAGGUCACUGAAUGCAGGCAAGUUUUAUGGAAGAACCACCUUUACUUCUAUGGGGUUUGGAUCCUGUGUUCCUAUCACAUGCCAGGUUGUACAUCAAGGAUAUUUUAGAAUUAAAGGAGUCCAAUCAAGUUUCAGGUAUAUUUUUUUACAAAGAUCAUCCAAUCAAACAGGUUGACAUCUUGGGAACCGUUGUGUGUGUAAGGGAAAAGGAAGCCUUCUACAGUUAUGGAGUGGAUGAUAGCACUGGAGUUAUCAACUGCACUUGCUGGAAAUCCUCGGCAGCCAAAGACGGGCCUGCAGACGUUCACAGAAGUACACCGGGAGCUAAUGACCUAGAUGGACUAGUGCAAGAACUGCGCAGACAGGAAAGCAGUAAGGCCAAGAUGGAAAUUGGCGAUGUUAUCAGAGUCCGAGGAUACAUCAAAGUUUUCAGAAUGCAGAGAGAGGUGGUGGCUUCUAUUUUCUAUAAAGUGGAUGAUCCCACACUUGACAUGCAGAUUAUGAGGAUGCUUGAACUGCCUUACCUCUAUAAACAUGUCUACGAUAAACCUUUUAUUCUUCCUGAUGAUAUGAGAGAUCAAUCCCAUGAGCAACCGAAUCAAGCCGUGUUACAGAGAUCUGGCCUUAUCUCACUGCUCAGUGACAAAAUAAUGAUGUUUGUGAAAGAGAACACGAUUUACAACUUUUACCUACCAGAACUGGAAAGUGUGCCCUCCUUACUCUCAGCAGCUACAAAUCCACAUUACAAUACAGAGAGUGACUCAAACGUUAGUUCCAGUUCCAGAGAAAUUCGCAGCUUGUUCAAAGAAGCCAUACAUAUACUACUAAAAAGCGGCAUUGUUUACCAGAAAGGCCAAAGCAAAGAUGUUUAUUAUGUAACAGAUCAUGACAAAGAAUUACACAAAUUAACUUUGAAUGUGAUUAAACAGGACUGCAUUAGGCAAAGACAUGCAGAGAAGGGAUGUCACUUUCUCCAUAUUUUGAACUGUGUACAACAAGGUUUUGGGUCCUGCAUAAAUGAAGCCAUACUGCAGAGAGUCAUUAAUGCACUUGAACAGAACAGUGACAUUGUCAGCACAAUGGAAAAAUACUACACUACCUUCUGAUUUUAAACUGCAGACACUAACUGUCCUGGGCCGAGUGGUCACAAAAUGGAUUCCUGCAUGGGAGCAGUGGAAGAAAUCGUGACCAAAGUCAUAUCCAAGGGGACCCCAGCUGGGAGCCUGGCUCUGUGCCAGGCAGCUCUCCAGUAAAAGCAUCAUCGGCAUUGAGAAAAGACUUUCAUCUUCCCAUUAUAUUGUAUGGGAGACAUUGCAGAGUCCUGGCUCAUAUUUUUCAUGCAUUGGGCUCCUGGGAACAUUUUAACAUUUCAGAUUACAGAGUGAAAAGACACAGCAUUAUAGAGGAUAUCAUUUUUUUAUUCUUAUUAAAGGAGUUUGUUCUUUUUUAAACAAAAGCAAAGAUAAUCAAAGAUCUGACAUUUAGUAGUUUUUAAAGACCAUUUUUUACCAAAGCAAAACGCUUUUUGUAAAACAAUUAUUCUUACUGUGAAAAUGUCUUUAUAUUGUUUUUCUGUCUGCGACCACUGGUAUGUACUAUUUCCGGUUCUUCAUAACGGGCCGCAGUACAGUUCAUAUGUAAUUUUCCUGCUCAUAAUAAACGUUGAAGUCCUGUGUC